UGGGUGGCGGUUGUCGUCUGUCUGCAGGUGAGCAGCAGUACAGGAAGACGUGGAUCAACCGGCAACCGAGUGUCUAGAAGCUGCCAGAAAUGACUUCAAUACAACUUUUAUGCUAAUGUGAUCUGAGAGGACAUAAAAUCCACCAUGGUACACUUAGGAGUAUGCUGUGCCAGCCUCAAGGACAACAAAGUUCUGAUGAAGAUGGGGCUGGGGCUGGUGCUGGUGGGCCAUGUCAACUUUCUGCUUGGAGCACUGGUGCACGGCGCUGUGCUCAGGCACAUCAACGUGCACGCUCUGGCCCGCGCCAAGGUCUUCGCCAUCUCUAAUGUCAUUGCCAUUGCGGCAGGCUUGGUGGGAAUUAUUGGUGGAAUAACGGCCAUUGUCCUGUCCAAAAACAAGAAAAACAGGAUCCUGCAGUGGGUCCUGUUGGUCUUCGGCUUCCUAGGUGGUCUCUUGGCAGUCGCCUCCACCUUGGGCUUGUCAGUGUCUAUGGUAAAAGCCAUUCUUGGUAAAGGGCAGGGCCUGCUAACACACUGCAAGUACAAUGAUAGUGAUGUCGGCUCUUCCAGCAUCACAUACGAAUGCCCCUUUGACCCCACCCGUGUCUAUGCGACCACAGUCAUCCUGUGGGUGCCUCUCAUCUUGAUGUCUGUGGUGGAAAUAGUGUUCUCCUUCCGCUGCUUCGCUGCCUGCACCACAUUCCUCUACCUCUGUCCGUGCAGGAGGAGGCCAGUCCAGGCUAAGAAGGUGCGCAUCCAAAGAAGCAUUGAAACCCCAACACCAGCACAAGAUCGAGAGAUGGACGUUGAAGCUGAGCCCGCAGAGCGGGAUGAGCUGCUGGACUGCGACACUGCAGUGGAGCAGAGUGACUGGCUCUGAACCAGGUAAACCUGAUGAGAUAGGCUGCACACUGCUGGGCUCAACCGGGUAAAACACGUCAUUUGUUAAGUUGUUACACUGUGUGUGUCUGUUACACAUUGAAUGUCUGAAGAAGACAUUUGUGGGACUUCAGUCAGCAAAAGAAACGUUUUAUUUCCCACUACAUGAAAAAGAGAUUUGUUUUUGUUUAUAUGAUACAAUACUGCUGUCGGUCUGUUUUGAAAUGGUUUUGUUUGCAUUGAUAUUGUCAUGAAAAUAUAGUGUUGUCUUCUA